AAAGCGAGCAUUGAAACCUAUAGAUAUGCGAGAUAUUUUCUCUCGAACUGGACGGCCGUUGUGAAAAUUUGAACCUACUCCUAGCAUCUUUGAGCGGAUUUCACCAUCCGAGCAGAUCGCAGCUUGAUUGUACCCGGUUAAUCACAAUGCGCUCGCUAUUGAUCUUCUCCGUGCUGGCUUUUGCUGGAUCCAUCGUGGCUCAAGAUAUAGAGUCAAGUGAUGUCCCGGCCCAGUGCAAGGAUGUUUGCGCCCCCGUGGUCAGCCUGACGUCCACUUGCGAUAGCAGCAAUACCGAUGAGGCAGCUGAGUUGAAAUGUGUCUGUGAUGAUCCCCAGGCAUCGACUAGCAUUCCGAAUUGUGCUGCGUGCCUGGACAAGUACAGCAAAGACGGCAAGGACAACGACGCCAAUGACCUUAUCCAAGAGUGCUCGUUUACCUCGACCACGUAUACUGCUGACUCCUCUCCCUCUGCCACAUCCAACUCGGCCGGCAAAACUUCCCCUAGUACGACUUCGAGCAGUGGAACGAUGUCAGUCACUUCGACGGAUGGAACUGCGUCUGCCACAGGCAGCUCUACUGGCUCGAAUUCUGCAGCGGCGACUACAAAUGCAGCGGGCAAGUCAGCGGAGCUACAGACUGGGCUUUUUGGAGCAGGUCUUCUUGGCCUCCUGGCAUUUGCUGGGCACUAAGAUCUCUGUCAUGCUACGGACGAAACCCUUGAAUAUUUGACGUAGAAAGAUCAAACACACCUUGAAUCAUUGCUUCAUCUGGAAAUACAUAAACCGUACAUCUCGUG